AGAUAAGAUUCAUAGCCACAAACCAAACCAGCCUCAUAUUCUUGAUUCUUUAGGUGGCUUCAGAGAGUGAGCUUAUGGUUUUGGUAAAUUCCAUUUUGUUCAUCAAGAUACAUUUCUAGAGUUCAACCUCUAUUAUCAUUCAGCAAGCAAAUCACACACACUAUAGAUGAGUUGCAAAAUAAACUCCUUAAGCUCACCAAUUCCAUGCAAAUUUUACACCAACAAACCAAAGCUUAGAAGAACAAACACCAUCUUAUUUUCCUUUCCCUCAAGUGAAAAACAGCAAAAAACCAUUUCCACCAGCACAAGUGAAACCCCAACAACUGAGGCUUACACUGUUAGCUUCAAGACAGAAAAGGGUUGCAAGCUUGGCAUUUCAAGGUAUCCUGACUUUGAAUAUGAUGCAGAAGGGGGAAUGGGAACUGGAGUUGGUGCAAAGGUCACAGAGAAUAAUAAUCCAGCCAACAAUGACCUUCCUGUUUCAUUUGAUCUUGAAACUUUGUAUAUUCCACCACUAACAAGUUCUACCACCAAGUUUCUUGGUUUUCCAUUGCCACCAUUUUUGAAGAUUGAUAUAGUUCCAGAGGCAUUCCAUGGAAGCAUUAACCAAGAAUCUGGCAAGGUUGAUCUUGAGUUCAAGGCCAAGUUCUUGUUUUCUGCCGGUAGUCUCUAUAAGGCUCCCCCAUUGAUGGUGAAGACAGUGUUGACAUCUGAAGAAACAAAGGGCACAAUGAGGAGUGGAAGAGGCAAGAGAUUGGAUAAAGAGGGGAAGUGCAGACUGGUUGGUGUGGCAACAAUUGACCCUAUUGAUGAUUUCUUUAUGAAUUCCUUCCUUGGUCUCCCAACUGAGUGCCUUGCUGAGUUAAAGGCUGUAAUCUCCAUUUCUUCCUCAUCUUAAGAUCUCAUAAAAAGAUUUGGACAUUUGUUGAAGCCUAUUUAUAGUCAUUAUACCCGAGUUGGAAAAUCAAUGUGAAAUAGUACGAGAUGAUGCAUUGUAGAGACUAGAGAGCAGUCUUAAAAUUGGACUAGUUUACCCAAUUCAGCCUUGUGGCCUGAUAGCCAUGUACACCACUUAGGUAAAGCAAUUAUAAUGUACACUAAAAGUCUAAAAAGAACAAUGAAGUACAGUACAGUAGCAUUAGCAUCCUUCAACUUUUGUUAUCUCAGUGUGUUUAUAACUAUUUUUUCAAGGACUGAUUCCGUGUAUAAAGUUGAGAUACUGAAAGAUUGUCACACACAUAUAUGAAUGUUAAGAAAAAUCCAUACACUAA